CUUUGCAACGGAUUGUUAAUUCGCAGUGUAUCAGGGACAACCGGUGAAGCAACAUCUACGUAUAAAUAUCUGUCAAGAAUAAUCGAAAUGUUGAGUGACAUCAUGAAGUGCUUCUUAGCGAUUCUUUUCUCGUGCGCGUUCUAUACCAAUUCAGAUGCACAUGCAAUCAACAAUGCAGGCAACAAUGGAGCUUUUAAUAGUGCAUCAGCUAGUACAUAUACUGGAGCCAUCGCAUCAGCUAAUGCUGGUACAUCCAUGUUAAGUGGUGCCAAUCCGUUUAUAGGUACAUUUGCAGGAACAGGAAAUUUUCCUAGAACCCAUGAGGGACAUAAGGAAAUUCAUAGUUAUGACAAUACUAAUUUUCCUUACGAUAGCAACGCUAAUCGUGACAUAAAAUCUGUUGGUCAUCACCGUGGAACAAAAAAUGGAGCUCAUGAUUAUAAUAAAAACAGUGAUAGCUGUUCUAGAUGUAAAUGGGAGAAUAACGACUAUUGGGAACAAGAUGAACCAGAAAAAGAAGGAGAUGAGAACGAUGGAGAUGAAUGUGAUGACGGUGAUGAUGGUCAAUAUAGGCCUGAUAAAACGUAUUAUCAUGGAAGUGGAUCUAGAAAACAUACAUCUGGAUCACACCCACCAGGAGUACAUAAAACAGGACCCACAGGCGUAUACGGCGAUAAUGUUAAAGAAGAAGUUAAAGAAAACAAACCUGAUAGUCCUUUCGGAACUAUCAAUUUUCCGACAAACACCGGAUAUGUAGGGUUAACUAAUGGUCAUAGAUCGAUAUCGAAACCUGGAUCUAAUUGGAACAUACCAUUUACUAGUACGUCAAAGCCAGGAUACAGCGGCUUAAAUACAGGUACUUUCACGACAACGCCAAGUAAUGAACCAACAACAAAUUGGAACAGAAGAACAACAUUGGCUGGUUUUGGCUCUACGCCGAAGCCUACUUGGAAUAACGUGCAUGGCGAUACGUUUUCUGGAAGUUUUGGAACGACAUCAAAUCCAACAUGGAACAUUAAAUUCAGCAGUGCUCCAACGACAGAAUUCCCCUUACAGAAAUCAAAUUGGAAUGCUGGUUAUGAUAAUACAUUUGCUGAAAGCUACGGAACCACGUUAAAAUCUGGGAUAAGCAGUAAUGUUGGAACAGAUGCCAUAGUUGAUGAAUCAUCUAUUUCACAGCAACCUGGAGCAGCUUGGAAUGAUAAAUAUAAUAAUAAGCCUAUAGAAAACUAUAGAACGACACUAAAACCUGAACAAGGAUGGAAUACCGGAUUUGCUAGUACUCCAAUAGCGGGAUUUCUUUUUUCGCAAAAACCUGUACAAAAUUGGGGUACUGAUCAUGGUAAUACACCCAUUGGAAGUUUCGGAACAGUACCGAAAUCUGGAUCUAGUUGGAAUACUGGAUCUAGUGGUCCAACGGCAGAAUUCCCUUCCUCGCAGAAACCCGUAGUACUUUGGAACAUUAGACAUGACAAUAUGCCUGUUCGGAGCUUCGAAACAGCAAUGAAAUCUGAACAAGAUCGGAACACUGGAUUUGACAGCACUCUUGGAUCAAGCUGGAAUCCGAAUCAGAAAACUACGUUUGUUGGUACAUCUGGUUGUACCCGACCUGAUUCAAAUUAUAGUCAAGGAAAGCAAGGUCCUAUAAAAGUAAAUACAACACUAUUCAAUAGUGGUUUAACGAAAAAUGAUGGAUUUCCGAGCGACACUUCUCAAAGGACGUCACACAGAGGAAGCGAUACGUUGCAUUCAAGUAGUUCAAGUGAAAAUCAAAUCGGGCCUUACAGACAAUAUGGAGUAACAGGAAAUGCACCUGAUUAUAGUCAACCUGAAAAUAAACUUCAUAUUAUGUCAUCUUCGAGCGUAGCAAGUACCUUUGGGCUUAAUAAAAAUCCACAAGGAGGAUUUGGUUCAUUCGGAAUUGUUUCUGGAACUCAUGAGGGCCCUAAUCCAAAUGAUGGGACUAGAACUAUCGCUACCAAUUCUUGGUCAAAUACUGGUCACACUGAAAGCAAAAGUAAUACCUGGCCCUUUUUGCAUACAACACCUCACACUGGAUUUCAUGUAAUAAAUACUAUGUUUGGAACAACUAGAACUCCAUUUGACUAUGUAAACACGUCAGGUUCAUCCGAUGGUCUUUACAGACCGAAAGGACCAAAACCAAUCGGUUUCGAUGUUGCAAGUAGUAAUAUAACUACAAAUGCUAAUACAAAUGCGUUUGAUACAUCUUUUGGAAGAUAUAAUAUUCCUGGUAUAACACAGACAUUUAUCCAUAGUACACCAUCGGUUAAUACGAAAAGUUCAAGUUAUUCCGCGGUUAAAAGCUCUACUGAAAUCACUAGACCUACUUAUGGACUUGGUUCUCAUAAUACACAGUCUAAUAGCGGAACUGGAAUAUGGUCUAAUAAACAACCUGGAGACGAAAGGGGAACAUGGCUUGGAAAACAACCUGAAAACGGUGUUGAAAUUAAGUCUGACACACAACUUAGUAAUGGAAGCGCACUAUGGCCUGGUAAACAACCAUUUACAUUUGAGGGGUAUUCUAGAAGCGGAGUCGAAACUUGGCCUUACAGACAAUCUGAAGAUGGAAGUGCAAUUAUGCCUAGCAGAUAUCCUGAAAGUAAUAGUGGAACUUGGUCUGGAAUAAAACCCGGAAGUGGAAUUACAUUGGGUGAUCAUUCCGCGAUCGGAACCUCACCAGGAAGGCAUCCUACAGACGUAAAUAGUAAUUGGUUUACUCAAAAACCUAGGAUUGGAACUUGGCAAGAUGGACAAAUUGAACACGAAAGUAGAUCUCGAUGCAUGAGUGGAAAUUGUGCACCUACUGGUGCAUUUAGCGGAAGUAGCAAUUGUGGAAGAAUUUAUGAUUGCAGCAACGGUUGCAAAGGAAAUAACAAUGUCUCGAUGAAACAUGGAUCAUGUAAUGAAGUAAUAAAUGGUCCCAGCGGUGUUAAUAAAACAUAUUAUCCUGCUGGAAUAAACAAUCAUGUUCCAAAUAUUGCAAAUAUAUACGGACCAAGUUCAUCUUCUACUAUCAGUAACGGGAUUCCUACUGAAGUUAAUACUGGAUGCAAAAGUGAAGACAAUUCGUGUAAUCAAGGCAACACAGGUGUAACACCAAGAGGUCUUAUUCAAUGGAAUUCCGCAAAUCCAUUUUUAUAUGGAUCUGUAGAUAGGAUUCCAAGUGAUGUUUCACGACCUUGGAGUGAAAUUACACCUAAACCAAUUGGCGAAGGAAAUCCGUUCCUGGACUCCAGUUGGAGUAGUUCUAAGCCUGACGGCAAUAAUGCAAACAAUGAUAAAAAUAUAAUUCCUCCUGAACAAGAAAAUACAAAACCAUUUAAUAAAGAAAAUCCUUUUCUAAAUAAUAACAAAAAAAUAGAUGAUAUCGAAGUUAAUACCGAUGAACAUAAAGUAAUUUCGCUCGGUGGAAGAAAGCCCGAUGGAAAUAAUCCUUUCGUUGCAUCUUUCGGAAGUGUAAGCAGCGGCUUGAGUAGACCAUUAUAUAAUAAACAUCCUGUCGAAUCUCCUGGAUCAAAAAUACUAGGAAAUAAUAGUUACGGAGAUGUAAAGAGUGGUGUUCAUUUUGGACAAAGUUUUGCGCAAGGCGAGGACGGUGUACCUUAUUCUACAAUCUUGGCAAGUAAUUCCCAGAAUGCUAGUCCGUUACAAUGUAAAUAUGGUCUUUUUGGUUGUGGAUUACCCGGCAGUGGAAGCUAUGCAACUACAAAAGAUGGUCAUUCCGAGUCAAGAGGAAAUAAUAUCGCAGGAUCUAUUAGCGAUACCCACGCUUAUGCUGGAUCUUUCAGCAGUGCCCAAGCUUCCAGUUCUAGUUUUGCUAAAUCUUUAUCCUUCUCCGGUGCAGCAGGAGAUGGCAAUCAUUUUAAUCAAGCCGAUAGCGAAAGUUGGUCUUCCGAUGGAAUACAAAAUCAAGACGAACUCAAUCACUGAGCUUCCAAUGGUGCCUCUGCCUUUGCCAGUAAUGCCGAAAGUUGGUCAAGAAAUCAUCCUGUUGAUGUAAAAGGUUAAUUCAAGUAUUGAUGAAUAUUUCAAUCAGAAGAUGAAUAUUAAGCAGAACAUAAUACAUGCAGACGAUGACAUAAUUGCAAAAUAUAAUAUACAUUUAGUUAGCGCUACCAAUCACUACCUAGUACUUGAAACACAUAAUUUGUUUAUAUGCUUUAUAUAUAAAAAUUUCAUAUUUAUUACACAUAUCUCAUUUAUUUAAUACGAUUGCAAUACUACUAUGGACAGAUAGAAUUUUUCCAUUGUAUGUACACUGUCCAUUAGUACGCUUACUCUGAUUGAUUAAUAGAAAGUAAACAAGCUUCCUAGAA